GCUCGGCUCUGCUGAACGGACCGAGCCGCAGAUCCGGGCCGUUUUCCGCUCCUGUGGUUGUCCGCUGCUUCGUUCAGCUUCACGGCAGAGACGCACUAACGGCCGUUCCGCUGCUUAGCUCGUGGCCUGGGCCUGGCGGCGCUCGCCCCACUGGAUCAAAGACGUGCUUCUGGGUUUGCCGGUCGAGGCGUGAUGGAGCCGGGCGGGUCGGAGGGCCGCCAGAGAGCCGCUGCUCUCCCUCUUUCUGCCCUGCGCCUGGUGGUGCCGCCCCUGCGACUGAUGUCAGCGUUCUUGUGGCAAGUGGUUCAGCGUCGCAACAUAAUCCAUUAUGGGAAGUUUGAGCAGUUUGUUACGCUGGUUUCAGAAACAGUGCCAAACAUCAUGAGCCAAAGCCUGGUUCAUAAGCUGAUCUUUCACCUGCGGAAAAAGGUGAUUUUAGAGCUUUGUCUUAAGGACAGCACGCCUGAUAUCUGGAUAAUUCAAGCACAUUUGGAUACACUUCGCAGUCUCACCCAGAAAUGCAGAGACAUGGAAAGUGAAAUCAUGAACACCAAAUUCAUAAAGAUGAUCCAUGGCAUUUUGGAAGACACAGCGAAGAGAGAGAGCUUUCUUCAGAAUGUGUUUCCUGUGGAGUUUGGCUCUGGAUAUGAUGCAGUACUGCAGAGCUUAGCGUGGGAGUUCCUGAAACGAGUGGACGAACUGCUGCCGGUGCCGAACCUCAAAGAGACAGCUACAUGGCUAUGUGGUGGCAUGUCUGCCAUGGAGGAUAUUGUGCAGCCACUCUCUGACCCAGCAGAAAUAAGGGAUGUGCUACAACACUUCAAAACCAAGAGGCACAGCAACGUGAACGCAUCCAUCCACUCAACAAAUGAAGUUGUUUGUAUGCCGCUCUCGGCUGACGGAGGGCAAAUCUUCUCUUCAGCGUCUGUUGAGCAAGAAACGGUUGCACCUGCCAGUUCCAUUACACAAGAGAAAAUCCCACGUCCCCCAUCCAUUGCACAAGAGGCAAUCAUCAUUGCACAGGCCGUGACUGAAAACCAAUCAGAGUGCGACAGUGCUGCUGCCACUAUAAUGAGCCCCACCCCUAGUGACACUGAGGAGGCAGAACCUUUGGUGGACAACCUUGCUGUGGCCACCACAGUUGGGGUCGAGGAUGAUCUACAAGAGGACACGGUUUACCAAGAGAACAGUACAGGGAUCUGUGAAGUCCAGCAAAUCUACCUCACCGCAGAUGGGUCUACUGUCAUUGUUUCAGAGCUGGACAAUGGUGAAGAGGAAGCAACUCAGCUGCAGUAUCUGGAACAACCAGAAGUCAUGGAGUCUCCUGAGGUAAGGGAAAUAAGCAUUGAAGAGUGGAUCUCCGAGAUGGCUGGAAAGGUGAUUUCUCUUCCAACCUUGUCCUCUCCUCCUUCCGUAGAGGUUGUUUCAGAGGAGAAGACAUACGUUCCUAUCAUUGAAAGACCGCCGUCUAUAAAGACCAUUAUUAACAGAAAAAGUGUGCCCUUUCAGGCAGCACCGGGUCGAAAGGUUAUGGCAGUGCCUGUUGAGUCUCGGUUGACGCAAGAGGCGGGCGAGAAGAAGCACACGUGUCGUGUGUGUAAGAAAGAGUUCCGGUACGAUUGCCAGCUGAAGAACCACAUGCGCACGCACACGGGCGAAAGGCCUUUCCAGUGUUCGGACUGCGGCAAAAGCUUCAGAUGUCUCAGUUUCCUCUCCAAUCACAUUAAAACACACUCGCUCGCCAGGCCCUUCAAAUGCGUGCUGUGCAGUAAGACUUUCCGCAAAAAAGCAGACCUCAUCAAGCAUGUCCGCGUGCACACGGGUGAGAAACCGUACAAGUGCAACAUCUGCGGAAAACGCUUUUCUCAGGGCUCGUACCUGAAGAUCCAUCGCGAAUGCCACACCUCGGAAAACCUCCAUCAGUGCCCUCAUUGCGAAAAAUGCUUCCCGACAGCAUUCAAACUGUCCAUCCACGUCCGUUAUCACUCCAUGGCGCGCGCAUACCAGUGCAAUGUGUGUGGCAAAAGCUUCAUCUAUGCCAGUCUGCUGAAGAGGCACAAGGGGUAUCAUGCAGGGGAGCGCAAGUACUUGUGCUCUAUAUGCGGCAAGUCCUUUGUAUACAUGUUUGACUUAAACAAGCAUGUGCGCAACCACGAGAAACCUCGCAUGCAGAUCCCAUGCACCCUUUGCCACAAGACGUUAGCCGGGCCAGAGAUGCUGCGAUGCCACAUGCGCAUCCACACAGGGGAGCGGCCCUUCAGCUGCAAGGUGUGCGGCAAGGCCUUCUCCCAGAUCGGCAACAUGAAGAGGCACGAGCGCGUGCACACGGGCGAGCGCCCGUUCACCUGCAAAGAAUGCGGCAAGACCUACAAGCACUCGUCCCACCUGAAGACGCACAUGCUGAACCACACGGGCGAGCGGCCCUGGCAGUGCUCCCACUGCGGCAAGAGCUUCAAGUUCUCAGCACCCCUGAAGAAGCACGAGCGCACUCACCUGGCUGAGCAAGGGGAUCACAGGGGUUGCGACCAAACCCGUGGCCGCAAAAAGACCGAAACCAAAAACCCCUGAAGGACAAAGAGCUUGAGCGCUUUCUUGCCUGUUUAAGGGAUGCUGUGAUCUUUGUCUGAUCUGGCUGAGCUAGAACUUCAGUUCUGAGCUCUGUAUCUUUACAGGUUUCCAUGCCAAUAAAAGCAAGGUCUUCUAGGGAAGAUCACAGAUGAGUUUAAUAUAAAGCUCCUCUGGGAAAGGAGGUAAUGGAGAAAAUGUGAAUGUAUAUCAAGUACACAGAUGAGGUUGUCUUGCCCUGCAAUCCUGCUCAGUUACAAGGACCAUUUAAUAUCUUUGGGACAUGGAGGAGAUCUGGAGGAAAUGUCUAUUGCUUUUGAGGUAUGCAGAAGGUAGACACAGUCAGAAGAAGCUGUUCCAGGUACUGAUCAACUAUAAGCAUAAAUGAUGCACAACAGAGAUAUAAAUUUGUUGAAAUGUUCAGAUUUUGAGAUACUUUAUAAGCGAGUGCUUUCAUACACAGAUGACAUAUUUUCAUACUUUGUUUUGUUUAAUCAGAACCAUUUUCUAAGAGGUUUGGGGAGCACGUGAAGUAGUUCCGUUCUUGGAAUGGUCCAACAGAAUCUGUUGGUGCUUAUAUAGAUGAAGUGAUUCUGUACCAGGAACAGUGAUUAAGAGAAGUAAAUAUUCCUAAAAGCUGUGCUAUUCACAUUGCGGUAGCAUAAUGGCAAAAUUAAAUAAAAUGUUAUGUUUGGGCAAAAUGAAA